AUGGAGAUCUUCUUUGAAACAGUUAAAGUACUGACCUCGUCGCUCAGCAAGUAUGCCGCUUCAAUGGUAGCUUCGGCAACCUCACGCAACCAUCUAACACACCGCAUGGUACUAGGAUUGGGAAGAGCACGACAUAGAGCAGCCGUAAAAAGAAAGCUGAGCGGAAAAUUAUUCAACUUCCACUUUUUCCGCGAUAAAACGGACAAUAAAGUAGAGGUUAUCGUCAAACCAAUAGAAGACGAAGCUGCCAUACAGCUGGGAGCAGACCUAAUAGCAGAUCUUCUAUUGAUGUCACUUAUGUUUGUCUACAUGUUCUACUCUAUAUCUCUUAGACGAAAAAAGUUUAACGAUAUCUGUAAUAUGCAGAAGGAACGUGAACAGUUCAUACUGGCACGAUUAGAGUACCUGGAAGCAGAACUGAACAAGCUGCAACAGUUGAACACUCCUGUACAAUAA